AGACAUGCCCCCACUGUCAGUAUCUUCCGCUUCUGUGUCAGUCCAAAAGCUGAGCAGUAAAUUCUUCAUCCUCUGUGUUGGGCUGGUCAAAAUCUUCACACCAGGCACAGCAAAGAGGUUCCUCAUUCACAUUGUUCCAGAACAGCAAUGAAACCGUGAACUCUGAAGUCACACCAGCUGUCCACUGAUUGCCUGCUAACCAAACAAAACAGUUCCUCUGAUCGACACUUCCUGCUGUCGUUCUGCUCUGCGAAAUUGUCUGUCAAAUCCCAUUGUGGCUGGGAUAUUGUGUCAUUGGUGUGGUGAUACCUUUGAAGGACCUUGUCAAAUAGGCCCAUCUCCACAGGAGCACUGAGAGACUGCCCACAAAAGGAACAUGUGCUAGAAGUUGUACGUCUGUCUGUAACGACUGCUUACAUUUGUCUCUGGAAGAUGAGCAAUGAGGAUGAGUUCUUCGAUGCCGUAACAGGCUUGGACUCGGACGAGUCGUGUGAAGGGCUGUCAGAGGCCAGUUUUAAAGAUGCGCUGGUGUUUGAUGGCAGCAGUCAGAAGAACAACGGGUCACUGCCACAGGAGAACGGCGUCAAAAAGCACAGGACGGCAUUACCAGCCCCCAUGUUUUUCAGAAACAACAUCAGUAUUUGGACUAUACUGAAGAAAUGCAUUGGCUACGAGCUGUCCAAAAUCACCAUGCCAAUCGUCUUCAACGAGCCACUGAGCUUCCUGCAGAGAAUCACAGAAUACAUGGAACACACUUACCUCAUCAACAAAGCCUGCUCAGUGUCUGACUCCAUAGAACGCAUGCAGGCGGUAGCUGCUUUUGCUGUGUCAGCAGUGGCAUCUCAGUGGGACCGGACUGGAAAACCCUUCAACCCACUACUGGGAGAGACCUAUGAACUCACCAGAGAGGAGCAGGGCUUCAGACUGAUAUCAGAGCAGGUAUCCCACCAUCCCCCAAUCAGCGCCUUCCACGCAGAGAGCCUGGCCGGGGACUUCGUCUUCCACGGCUCCAUUUACCCAAAACUCAAGUUCUGGGGCAAGAGCAUUGAAGCAGAGCCUAGGGGAACAAUCACGCUAGAACUACUCAAGCACAGCGAGGUGUACACGUGGAGUAACCCUUACUGCUGUGUCCACAACAUCAUCCUGGGCAAACUGUGGAUCGAGCAGUACGGCACAGUAGAAAUAAUUAACCACAGCACUGGAGACAAAUGUGUGCUGAGUUUUAAACCCUGUGGGAUGUUCGGCAAAGAGCUGCACAAAGUGGAGGGAUACAUUCUGGAUAAAAGUAAAAAGAAGCACUGUGUCAUAUACGGGAAGUGGACAGAGUGCAUGUGGAGCAUUGAUCCUCAGGCCUACGAGGCUCACAAGAGGUCUGAGAAGAAAGGAGACAAUAAGAAGCAAAAAAAUGAGGAGCCACAGAGAGCGGAGAAUGAUGAUGCCGACGACAUGCCAGAAAUCCAGGAGACGGUGUCUGUUGUUCCAGGAAGCACUCUGCUUUGGAGGAUAGAAUCCCGACCGCCACAUUCUGCUACGAUGUACAAUUUUACAAGCUUUGCCAUGUCUCUGAACGAGCUGGAGCCCAGCAUGUGGAAUGUUCUGCCCCCCACUGACUGUCGGUUCAGGCCCGACAUCCGAGCCAUGGAAAAUGGCAACAUGGAUGAAGCGAGUCAGGAGAAGGAGAGGCUGGAAGAGAAGCAGCGAGCGGCCAGAAAAGAGCGAGCCAAGAAUGAGGAGGAGUGGAACACCAGGUGGUUCCAGAUGGGUAUCAACCCCUUCACUGGCUCCCAGGAAUGGAUCUACACCGGUGACUACUUCAAUAGGAACUACAAAGACCUACCUGAUAUCUACUGAGAGCUAAGAAUCUAGGUUUCCACCAAGAACAAACCCAACACCAAUCGCAAAGACGAGUCCCAAAGCCCCGAUCCCAUGUUUCAUUUAACACUUCAUUGCUGGAGAGUAGUUAAAGGAUUUCUCCUCCCUCCAGGCUUUUUGCAUCAUUCCAUCAGCUGAUGUCCAGUUGCAGCCGCGCCGCCUCCAGCACACUAACCUUUUUAUUGCUCACCACCGCUACAGGCAGGAAGUCUCCUGCCUAUUCCGAGCACAUUUGAAACACAAUCCGAGUCUUUAUCAUCUUUAUAAUCACAUUUUGUCCUGUGAGGAAAUUCAGUCACCUUUCAUCGUUAAUAAGGAAACACAAGUGAGACUAGUCAGUGAUUGAUGUUCACGGACAGACAAAUCAGGGAAGGCCAUGCUGGUUUGGGUGAGAAGAAACAGAAACGACAAAACUACAGAUCGCUAAGUAAAAAAAAUUUAUUGACGUCCUGUUGGCUAAAAGCAUGAACUCAUUAUGAACUGCUGCUUAAAUGUUUAAUCUGCAAGACACCUCUUAGAAAAAUGCAGUUUCCUUGACAGCAGCAUGGAAGCUGACAAUCUCCAUGGAAAUGACAGUGGAGGGGUGGGGGGUGGGAAGGUCCAAAGGAACAGAAACUCUGUAGCUUCUGUACAUCUGCCGGAAUAUUUUAUCUGCAGAACAAAAGUACCAUUCAAGCAUCGUCCCGACUCGCUCCUGAUUUGAAGACUCGCUGUUCCACCUUCUUUAUUUUGAAGACGUGGUCGCCCACACUUUAACGAACUCUGAGCUCUGAACGCUCAAAUCGCCACCUGGAUCACUGGCUAACUGCGCUAGCUGAGCUAGCUUGACUCAGCUGACACUGAAAACGCACUUCACACCUUCAUCUCAGCCUUAGCUUUUGUACCAUCUGCUGAAAUUUAGCUCUUUUUCAAGUCAUCAGGAUCAGCAGCAGGUAAACGUUGGUGUUUGGCUCAGUGGCCCUUCAGCAGAUGUGGUUGUGUCUGCCUGAGGAAUCUGGGAUCUUGCACUUAUUCCUGCUUGCUGCACAUUUAAUGGAGAAUUUAGGAUCACUACAGGAUUCAAAUAUGAUGGAAAUUCUGCAAUUCAAAUUUAAACCUGUAAUUUGGAGAAAAAUGUCACAAUAUGAGAAUAAAGUCUGUUUUUACAAUAAAAAUUCUUAAUUUAAAUCAGGGAAAAACAAUAUAAAGUCUCUUCAAAUGUGCCAAUUUGUUUUGGAGUAGACAUGUUUUCUUUUUUUUAUCUUGGUUAAAUAUUUGCGUCCAAAGUGUGAAUUAUUUGGGUGGACUGGGACCCGUAUUUCAGUUCUUGUUCAUCUCGGUGUGAACAAGUUUCUGUUAACUCCAUGGUCACUUAAGUGACGUUUGCACAAUAUGAUAAAUGUGGUAAAAUGUUUCAAUUUAAAAACGGGUAUAAAAUUAUUUUUCAGGCAGUUUAAGUAAGAAUUUCAAAACACACAGAAGCCAAAAUGGAAUUACCUCCUCCCCUCCAGUGGUCCAAUCCGAUGCCUAGUUUGAAGCCAUUUUGCCAGUACUAGUGCCAUAUAUACUUAUUUAUGAAACCUAUCCUGGAGAAUUUAAAAAGUACAUAUACAAGUAAAUUCAAAUGGUCAGACUUUGUACUGAGUUAUCUAAUUUGUAAGCUUUGGGUUUUUUGUGCUUGUUUUUUUGUGGUAUACAAUUGUUAGUCCUUUAAAGGACAUUGAGAUCUCGCAAAACUCCAGCAAGUGCAUUUUCUGCCCACCUUGUCCCUCUACAUAGGAGUUGUGCCCUCUUGUGGGACCACUCUAAAGUGCAGGAACUCUCAUCCUCCUCCUUCCUCAUCCAUGAUUCCACAAGCCAGCCUUCAAGUGAAUCAUUUGAGAUCUCGCAAACCUAUCGUGAGAUCUCACGAAGUAACACUUUACCCACCACCAUCACACUUUAGGAGGCUCUGUAAAUUGACAAGGAAGCCCAUAAUUUAUUGAAAGCAGUAUAUUGAAAAUCGUUUACUGUGAAAGUCAAAUUCAUACGAUGAUCAUGCUGACGAGAAACUCAUUCAGUCAUAGCCUUGCUAACAGCUGUUACUGACGCAGGAAGGAUUCAGAACCACGUACCAAGAGUGUCCCAAAUCUGAUACGAAAACGAAAAUUUUCUUUUUUUACUCAGAAAUGUCUGACACAUUUGAGGGAGAAUUUUAGAUCUGGAUAAAUUCAUCCUGUAAUGAGAACGUGGCCGAAUGACCAUAACCUGAUUUUGGUUGCUCGUCCAUUGUAUCCAGCCUUUCUAGUAAUCUCCAUUUGUUACAACUCUAGUGUUGUGUAAGAUUUUUUUUAUUCUGAUUUGUUUGUUUUUGUUUUUUACAGCAGGGUGUUUGUUGGGUUUAAAUAAAUAAAAAAAUUCCACUCUUGUUGAAAAAUCAAAAUCUUAAAUCCUGGCAGAGAUUCUAAAUCUGGACCUGAAGACUUGAUUCAGGUCUGCAGAAAACAAUAAUUGUCCAAUCUGAUGUAGAUGUGUAAUUGAUCCUCCGUCUGUGGGUCGAAUCUGGGGAGUUGCAGUCAAAGUGACACGGAGAUUGUGUGUGUGCGUGUGUGUGUGCGCGUGCACAAGCACGUGCGCAUUCAUUGUGUGAAUAUGUUCAUAGAUGUAUGUACAAACACUUAAAGCCAUAUUAACUGAGUGUGUUUAAAGAAUGUGAAUGAUUCAAGGUUUAGAAACUGAACCCUUAAAAUUUGCAUUAUUAUUAUUAAGCUUACUGUCAUUAUAGCAUGACUUCAGAUCUAAUCAUGUCACUGUUUUAAGUUGUCUGCAGCUUUACGCUGGGUUGUUCUGCACUGGACUUUCCCCUUAUUGUUGCCUUUUCUCUCAAAGUUAAAAGGUAAAAACUGAUUCCCAGGGUCGAGGUCAUGCCAGCAUAUAUAGCGGCAAAAUUUUGGACCAAAACAAACUCAUCAGUGCAAUCAUUAAAUCAUAAUUUUCACAAUAAAAGUACCAGAACUGAAACACC